UCCCACCCCCCCCAACCUCAAUGGAGAUGAUCACAUCCCUCUCCUCCCUCUUCUUCGCCCUCCCUUUCAUUGCACUCCUCUCCAUCUUCUUCCUCCGACGAAACCACCCACCCUCUAAUCCUCCGGCCCUCUCCAUCCUCCGCGGCUACCCGGUCGUCGGCAACCUCCCCUCCUUCGUCCGCAACCACCGCCGCAUGGUCGAGUGGACUUCCGAGCUCCUCCUCGCCUCCCCGACCGGCACCGUCUCCGUCGCCCCGCUCGUCCUCACCGCCGACCCCGCCGCCGUCGAGCACGUCGCCAAAUCCAGCUUCCACAACUACCCGAAGAUCCCCUCCUUCGUCAGCGCCUUCCACGACUUCCUCGGCACCGGCAUCCUCAACUCCGACGGCGAGCCUUGGCGCGUCCAGCGCAGGACCGCCGAGCUCGAGUUCGGCACCAGGCCGCUGCGCAGCUCAGUUCUUGAAAUCGUGAAUUCGGAGAUCGCCUGUCACCUAUUCCCGCUGCUGCAAUUCAAAGAUCGAAAACAAGAAUUGUUCGACUUUCAGAACGUACUCGGCCGGUUCGCUUUUGACGUUAUAUGCCGUGUGGUGUUCGGCGAGGACGUGAGGGUGCUCGGCGAGGAGAAGAGCGAGCUUUUCUAUCGAGCGUUCGACGGCGCGGCGGCGGUGAGCAUCGACCGGUCGAAGCAGCAUUUCUCGGCUCUGUGGAAGCUCAAGGAGUGGCUCGACGGCGCCUCCGCGAAGCAGCUCCGGGAGUCGGUGAGAAUCCUCCACGAAUCCAUCGACCGGCUCCUGCAGUUGCGGAAAGCGAAGAGCAACGGUUUCUUAUCCCGAUUCGUGGACGACGAGACGCUCUCGGCGGCGCACGUUCGCGAUGUCCUGAUAAACUUCGUCAUCGCGGGGCGCGACACGGUGCCGACGGCGCUCACGUGGUUCUUCUGGGUGCUGUCGUCGCGGCCCGACGUGGUCGAGAAGAUACACGACGAGAUCAGAUCGGUGCGCAGUUCGAAUGCGAACGAUGACGAUGAGGAAGGCAGCGGCGAUAAAGCAUUCGGGCUGGACGAGCUGAGGGAGAUGAACUACCUGCACGCGGCGAUAACGGAGACGCUGCGGCUGCACCCGCCGGUGCCGCUCACGCCGCGGGUGAGCGCGGUGGAGGACGAGCUCCCCGACGGGACGCCGGUGGGGAAGGGGUGGAUGGUGAUCUACAACGCGCACGCGAUGGGGCGGUCGGAGCGGGUGUGGGGGCCGGACUGUCGGGAAUUCAGGCCGGAGCGGUGGCUGGACGGCGCCGGCGGCGGGCGGUUUCGGCCGGCGAGCCCGUUCAAGUACACGGCGUUCCACGCCGGGCCGAGGAUGUGCCUGGGGAAGGAGGUGGCGUACGUGCAGAUGAAGGCGGUGGCGGCGAGCGUGAUCGAGGGGUUCGACGUCGAGGUGGCGGAGGAGAGGGGGAGGUUCGUGCUCGGGAUGACGAUGAAGAUGGAAGGAGGGCUGCCGGUGAGGGUGAGGGAGAGGAACCCGACAGCGAAAAUUGUUUGACGAAAUGCUUUCAGGUUCGUUUGGAUGUAUGAAUAAGUUAUUUAGCACUGUCAGAAAAAUUUGAGUUGUAAUUGAAAGUUUCGGACGUUUGAUUGGUUUUUCGUUUGAGUUCUGCUUCUCAAAUUAAGAAGCUGCUCUAUAAUAAGCUGGAAAACUAGGUGAUAAGUUGA